CCCGCGCUCUCCUCACCAAACACUGCGCUCAGACAACCUGCAUCGCUCUGCAUGCUCAGACACAGACUGCAGGCUCAUGAAGACGAAGCGGAUUUGAAUUAAGCACCGGAUAACAUACAGCAAGUGUGCAUCAUUCGGCGAGGGAGGGAGAGAGGGGAGGCAACUGUUUAGUGUCUUGGAAGCCCUGGGUUAGUCAGGGGGAGGAGGAGCGGAGAAUGAGCUAUUCUUGUACCAGCAGAGGCAACAGCCAGGACCCGGCAACAGCUAAGAAGCCUGUCGGUAACAAUCGGGGCAGAGACACCGGAGGCACAGCAAGCAGCGGUAACGGCAGCCCGAAGCAAGCGAUGAGGGUUAAAAAAGGCUGCAACUCCACCGAGGUGGUCCCGCUGACCAUCGAGGAGGACCUGCACGGCAGCCCGGUGAUCACCCCGGAGGAUGUUCUGGGCUUGCAGAAGAUCACAGAGAAUUAUCUGUGCGGCCCAGACGAAAAUGUGUUCAGCAUCGACUUCACCAGGUUCAAGAUCAGAGACAUGGAGACCUCCACCGUGCUGUUUGAAAUCACCAAACCUCCAUCUGCAGACAAAGCAGGGGAUAAGAGGGAUAUGGACCCAAACGCCGGCCGAUUUGUCCGCUACCAGUUCACGCCCGCUUUUCUCCGACUGCGGCAAGUUGGAGCCACCGUUGAGUUCAUGGUCGGAGACACGCCAAUAGAAAACUUCAGGAUGAUCGAGAGACAUUAUUUCAGAGACAAAUUGCUCAAGAGUUUUGACUUUGAAUUUGGCUUCUGCAUGCCGAGCAGCAAGAACUCCUGCGAACACAUUUACGAAUUCCCCCCUCUGUCUGAGGACACAAUCAGAGAGAUGGUCCUUCACCCGUACGAGACGCAGUCGGACAGCUUCUACUUUGUGGACAAUAAGCUGGUGAUGCACAACAAGGCGGAUUACUCGUACAACGGCGGGACGUAGAGACGACACGCUGACACGAGAGACCCGCACUGACCUGAGGGACGAUCAGAGCCCACUGGUGGGGUUAACAUCCUGUCUGUCCACUAGUCCUGUCUCCUUUUAGUUAUCUCUUUCUCCCGCGGUGAGAAAACCAUCCAGAAAAUGCUCAUACA